GUUUUGUACAUGGGAGAUGGAGAAAGUGGGAACCUUCUUGACCUUCUUACUUCUACUGAGAACAGAUAUCUGUGGAAAGAGAGCUUUACCUGUUUUAAAUCAAAGUCUUCAAUAAUUUGGAGUGUGAUCCUCCAGAUAUUUCAAAAGAGAGAGGAGGAAUACAACUGAUCUCACAACACUGCAAUAACACUCUGGAGAAAGAACUACAUCCACUUCCUGGCUCUGCAAUGGCAAGAAUGACCUCAGAGAUAUCCUGCGAACUCUUGUCCACAUUUUACUGUUAAGUGACCAGCAGGCAUCUGACCUUGUAAUGUUGCAAACUGCUCAGAAGCUGGCCCCUUACAACUGGUGUUUGAAGAUGGGGACAGACUAGGAGCCCUCUGAAGAAUUUUAGCUGCAUGAUCCUGAAAGUGGCUCUGAAGGAUCUUGGGAUGGAAGUUCAUGCUGGCUUUUGCCUCAGUUCAUCUCUCCAUCACCAGAAAAGUGCCCACAGCCAGAAGGUUGUGCCAGACAUCUUUUUGCUGCCCUGUGGCGAUAUGAAUUCACACACCUUGCUGGUCUCUGCAGCCUUCGCACCUCAUAAAAUUGCUUCUUUUAUGGAGCAAGCACCCAAAGACAGCCAGUGGAAUUAAACCUUCUGGAAUCAAAUAGGCCUGACAAGAGAGUAUCUGCUAUGUGGGAAUGUGUGCUAGCUGGAGUAUCAGCAGAAAUGCUACGGUCACUGGCAUUGCAAGGUAUUCUCCAUCAUUAUAAGCUUAUUUCAUAGAGGAACAGUAGCCCGCUUGAUCAGUGGAUGUUAAAUCUCCCAUCUGAAGGCAGGCUGAUUUGGUUCCUUCCUACAGCUAAGGACUGUGGUUGGUGAAUGUAUUAGCCCCACCAUCUCUAAGUUAAUGGUGUGCCAAGAACAGAUGUGAAGCAGCUCUUUCCCUAGAUAUUUAUGUGGUAUCUUCUGAACGCAUUGCGACGCCUCAGGCCCGCUGGCAGCACAGGAUAUGGAGGCUCUUGAAGUUGAUGACAUUAGCCCUGCCUUGGAAGUGACUGAAGACUUUUUCAAUAGUUUUGAUACUAAGCUUGAAAAGAUUGUGCAGCCGUCCGAGGUGUAUGGUGUACAGGAGGUCCCCGAACUGGUUGGGCACGAGGUAUUUGAUCAGAUAACAGAGAGCAGGAAUCUGAGGAACGUUACCUCCUUAGCCAAAAGUAGCCUCAUCUGGGAUCACUGCAAAAAUGGCCUCUUGGAAACCAAAGCUCAGACAGCAUUCCCUGCCAAAGACCAGCGCAUGGUGCAGAGGGGAACAGCUGCUGACAACCGUGCUUGGGCAGGGGAAGGGGAGACCACAGCUUUUAACAUCUUCAAUAUCUGCCAGCGGAGGAGAGACAGGCCUCGCUCGGUGAACGACAUCCUGGUGCAGAAUGAGGAAGCCUCCACAUUCAAGCCGGGACACAACAGGUCACGCUCCGAUAUCAGCCAUGUAAACUGGGGAGUGGUCUUCACGGGCACCUCCCUGCAGCAGCCACCUACGCCGGGUCGGGACAAUAACUGCGCUCUGCUCUCUUACCUGGCGUUAACCAAGGGAGAGGACAUCCAAGGAAACACAGAACACAAGCCAGUGUUCCCAAAUAUUCUGAAGAAGGGAUACUUAGAAAUUAGAAGAGACAAUGACAGCUACUGGCAAACCUGUUAUGCUGAGCUCUCCCCAUACAAACUGUACCUGUAUUGCCUGGACAGCAGUGGCAACCAGACUCUUCCCACCGUAUAUCCACUCGUGCAUUUUCAAAGGGUCACUGUUACGGGUUGCAUUGAAACCAAAGUGGUGGACGCUGUCCUGUCAGACAACUCACAGCUACAGCUGAAGGCGGAAUCCUCAUGGGAGGCUUUGGACUGGGGACAGAAACUCUGGGAAGCGGUGCGUGCUUCUGUGCCUGCUUUCAUGAGACAGCAGGAGAAACUGGAGAAUGUGCCAAAGCCUGAAAAUAACAGUGACCUUUCUCAAACCAAUGGAUUGUUAGAGAAGCCCAUGGAGCUCUUCCUAUCCAUGAAUUUGACUGAAAACACUAAAGAGUACCAAAAUAUUCUCAAAUCAGGGACUCUUUAUAGGUUAACUGUCCAGAAUAACUGGAAGGCAUUUACGUUUGUCUUGAACAGGUCUUAUCUCAUGGCAUUCCAACCGGGUAGGCUUGAUGAAGAUCCUCUGCUGAGCUACAAUGUCGAUGUGUGCCUGUCAGUCCAGACAGAUACUCAGGAUGGCUGUGACUCUUGCUUUCAGGUAAUUUUUCCUCAAGAUGUCCUCCGCCUGCGUGCAGAGACCCGUCAGAGGGCCCAGGAGUGGAUGGAGGCACUGAGAGCAGCAGCCAAUGCUACUAGAAGUUUAACUCAGAACCCACAGGUCACUCUUAGGAACAAACCUGGAGAUCGGCCCUUUGGAAAUGAUCUUAGAAAGAGCAAGCGCCAAUCUGUGACCACCAGCUUCCUGAGUAUCCUGACCACGCUGUCUCUAGAGAGAGGGCUCACAGUUCAGAGCUUCAAGUGUGCAGGCUGUCAGCGCUCCAUAGGCUUGUCCAAUGGGAAAGCCAAGGUGUGCAGCUACAGUGGAUGGUAUUACUGCAGCACCUGCCAUGUGGAUGACAGCUUCCUCAUCCCUGCACGGCUGGUUCAUAACUGGGACACUUCCAAACACAAGGUCUCAAAGCAAGCCAAAGAAUUCCUGGAAUAUGUUUAUGAGGAGCCAUUGAUUGAUAUCCAACAGGAAAAUCCCAUGUUGUACAAGCAUGUUGAAGCUCUGGCAACUGUUGUCCGCCUGAGACAGCAGCUAAAAUCUCUCCGAGCAUAUUUGUUCAGCUGCAGAGCAGCAGUGGCUGAAGAUCUGCGUAGAAGGAUCUUUCCCAGAGAGUAUCUUCUCCAGCAGAUCCAUCUUUAUUCUCUCGCAGACCUUCAGCAGGUUAUUGAAGGAAAGCUGGCUCCUUUCUUGGGGAAGGUGAUCAAGUUUGCCACCUCUCACGUGUACAGCUGCAGCCUGUGUAGUCAAAAGGGUUUCAUCUGUGAGAUUUGCAACAAUGGAGAAAUCCUUUACCCCUUUGAGGACAUUUCUACAAGCAGGUGUGAAAGCUGUGGUGCUGUCUUCCACUCUGAGUGCAAAGUGAAGGCUGUACCAUGCCCCAGGUGUGUGCGUAAAGAAUUGCAGAAGAAGCAGAAAUCCUUCUGGAGACGACUGAAUAUGGAUGAAAACUUCGAAGAGUCUUGCAACAUGUUUGAGUUGUCAUAUCAGAACACAUGAGUUCCUUAAGGCAGUGGCCAGCCUGAAGAGAAUCCCUUUCCCAGCUGCCAGCUCAAGCAACUUCUCAGCUUAGCCAGGCAGAAAUCUUUUGUGCAAAAUAAUAUCUGACCUUCUUCAUCUGUGAAUAGCAGCUGCCAAAGUGGCCAUAAAGCCUUGUUGGCUUUGAAAUACCAAUGGCUAAACUGCAUUUUGCAUUGAAGUCCAGCCGCUAGCUCUCGUACAAAAUGUGGUUUACUUGAAAUGCUUUAGGUCUAGCUAAUUAAGCACCCAACUUUUUCUUUUCCACCUCUGGAGAAGACUUUUCCUCAAGGCAGAAAAUAUUUGCUGCCAUGACCACAUUAUUUUUUAUGUUGCUCAUUUAGAAUUGAUGAAUCAUCUACAUAUAUGUAUUAUUUAUUACUAGCCUUGGCAGAUGUUCUAGUGAGGUAUUUCACAGAACCCAGUUGGGCAGGAGUGAUUUUAAACCCACCUGCUCCUUCUGAUGGUUCCAUUUUUCUCAUGUUCCCAGAGAGCUAUGUUUAAAGGAUAGGUGCAUUUACAUGUCACUCCUCCCCGAGGAAAGAAAACUGUCUCCCAUCAAACUUUAUUCAGGGUGCUUGCAAACAUAAGACGCAGAAUAAUUUCUUCAGCUAGGUUUAUAUAUUUAUAACCACCCCAGUGAACUAUUCCAUAGGCAGAUAAGCAGAGGACUUGCUACUGUUUUUGUUCUGGCUGAGUAUAUCGGUCGAGCUCUGUCACCGAAGUCCAUUAAGUUUUACGCUCAUUAUUCUUGAUCUAUGUGAGGCCACGUCCGCCCCCCUAAUGACAUGAUGUUCAUUCUCACCUCCUGCUAGUCUCAUGUUUUAAGACAUUUUAAGUGUCCGCAUUGGUUUUUGGUUUUAUUUCGUAAAGUUUACUUUAAAUGUUUCUCUAACCUGAACCUGUUAGGCUGAUAGUCAGGAAAGUGGUCUUGCCCACGUUAGUUAGAAAAUACCUCCAAAAUUGUGAAACACUAGUUUGCUGUGUUCACGUGCAAUUUGUGUCCUGCAUUCUCUGCGAGCUCUAAGGGAUUUUAUACUUCUGUAGUGACUUCUGUGGUGGAGAGGGAAGUAUUAAACAUGGUAAAUUACAUAAUUGUGAAAGGGGAGUACGUGAUGGAUUUAACUGGGGAGAUGUGUGUCAUCACUGGCAGUAUGUUUAAUCCAUUGUGGCUUCACCUCCAGUGAGCACUUAGAAAUCCUUCUCCCUCCAAUCCACAUUCUUAGCUCUUUCUCCAGACCCUGCAGUAAUGUGUGUAUUACAUACAUAUGAAAGCAUUCACAUAUAUAUAUAUAUACAGUCACGUGCAUGUGUAUUUUUCCUCUCCUCUCACAUAGGUUUGUGAAAAUGCAGAAUACUGAUCUUUGCUUCCUAUAUAAUCCGCAGGCUGUUGUAUUCAAGGCAGAAAGCUGUCUUGAUCGUUGAAGCACCUCACUAAUUGCUGAAGUAUUCUAAAUAAAAGAACAGGGUACAUAAUGCUUACAUUAAAAGGUAGAAUGCUACAACAAAUUGCCUUGUACUGGAGUAUAAGUGGUUACCUUUUCCAGCCUCCAGUCAAAGAAAGUAGCUAAAUCUGAGCUUUCUCAAAUUUGAGUGCAACUACUAUAUACAUAGAAGCAUGUUUAUAUCUGUAUACAUUGGACAACCAGUGCCUUUCUUUUCCAGAAGUCCUUCUCAGAGUGGGAUUAUUUGGAAGGAAGUGAGGGUUUUUCAAUGUUCUUGGCAAGGUAGUAUGGGGAUUCCCAUAUUUAAUAAACCUGGUGAACCAUGCACCUCUGUCACUAAAAUUAAUACUUCCCUACACAGGGGUGUCUCUGUCUGAGCUCACUGUUCCUUGUGUGAAAUGAUUUGCUUUUGUCUAUCAUCCUUAAGGAUAUAAUGUUCCCCGCAAGUCCAUUCCCACGUGAAGAAUUCCCUGCAUGUUCACAAAUGCAAACACUGGGGAAGUAUUGUGGAAUUAGUCAUGCAAACAGGAACUGCAGUGGUACUGGCUGAAUAAACAGUACACUCCCAUGUUUUUCAGCAUGUGUCACUACACCUAGUUCUGCAGCAAAGCCAGUAGCUCUGAAACUGUCAGAAUAUGGCAGGUACUAUUUUGAAUUAGCUCUAGACAUUAUGGUAGGUCAUUAAAGAAAAAAAAGGUGAUGUUUUUCAUAUCACCGUGCUCUGGUAUUUAAGAUACCUUACAGCACUGGUUCAUGUCCAGCUCGGUUUAGAGAAGGCUGCUUGAGUGCACUGUCAAAACCCCUAUGGAGUCAAGGAAUCGAGGUUCAGACAUUGCAAACUAUUAAUUACUUUGACAGAUGUCCUGAUCUCCAAAGUACCAGUUGUGUGGGUGGUUAGAUAUUCUAGUUGAAUUCCGGAAUAACAACAUAGACAUCAUUGGAGUUACUCUCGGUUUGUACAGGUAUUAUAGAACAGUUUUUUCCUAACGGAAAUUUACAGAAGAGUAUGAUGUCGGCAAAGCCACUGGAAUUAGUCAUGGGUCCGGAACCACUGCCAUUACUAGCGGCAAAGAGCAAAAGUGUGUUGUUACGAUAUGCUGGCAGCGCCCAAAGCUUCAUGUAAAAGGGUACUGUACAAUACAGAUCAGGUUCAUUUCUUUAAAAUCCAAUGUUGUAACCAAGCCAGUUCCUAAAAUGGAUACACGUUUCUAUCUACCUUGGAAAAGUAGUAUAACUUCUCACAGUAGCUAUAGGAGCAGACUGUAAUGUGGAAGAUGCUUUCCUCUCAGGGAUGCCUAGCUCCUAUCCAAAAAUAGUUAUUCCAUAUGAAGGGGUAAGAUAAAGUCUUCUGUCACUGCCUUUCGUAAGCAUAAUGAAAGGCUUGAUCCUGCCUUCAGAAGGUGCCAGUGCAGUAGGAACAAACCCUAUUCGUUUUUCAAGACUGCAAGGCAAAAGAAUAAACUGAAACUACUGUUCACAUUAACUCUCAAAAGACCCAACUCCUAAAAGGACAGUUUUCCUGCAGGAGACUCAGCCUGGAGUUCUGUAGGUGGUUUGUCUUUCAGACAAUGCUGUACCCUUGUGUGAUUGUCUCUGUUCUACUAACAGUGCUGCAUGCUGCUCCCCGCUGCUACUCUUUUUCCCAUUCUGCAGCCCAUAGCCUGCACCUGGCUCUGCUGACUUCUGGGUGGGCAUCAGCUGGAAACGUACCUGGGGUCUUUCCAGAUUGCACAACUCUCUCCUACACACACAGGUGAAAUUACAUAUUAGUACUUGCAGUCUUGUCCUACCCACACAUGAAAUGAAUUUGAACAAUAGCAUUUCAUUGUGAAUCAAGAAUAAAACAUGCUGUUUGUCUCCUUCACAGAGAAGGUGCUUUCAUAGCUGACAGAGGAAGAAUUGAUCUGUACAUCCAGUUACUGCUUUUGCUUGUACAGAACUUGUAAUCAGCGUAGAAAUAGGGUGCUUCACUGCAAUGGACUAUAGCCUGACCCUCUACAACUACUUAGAAACUUCUCAUCUCAGUUUAGUAAGUCCGAGAUUAUUAUUAAUCUAGGACACUGUAGAGAUCCUUAUUCGAGCCUCUCUACUCUUUACCUUGACCCUCUAGCUUUCCUUUAAUGGGGAGAAGGACCUACGUAGGGGAUGCAAACUGCAGCUUUUUUUUAUAUUUUCAACCUAUAAAAAGAGACAUUUGGAUUUCUUAUGUAGAAAUUUUUCUAUUGCUUUUCUUUGCCUGUCUUAGGUGAUGGAAAAUGAUGGAUUUGUGGUGUGACACAAUAUCCUGGCUGGCACAUACCAAUAUGAGCUCAUGGCUGGGAUGAUAGGGAUUCGCAGUUGUGAAAGUUUCCUAGAUAAGUGAAAGAAGGUACUUUUCGGUGAGGAACUUGAGUUUUUCACAAUACUCUGUAGGCUCUGCUGGCCCUGUUAGGAGUGAAUCAUCAGGGUACCUCUAGACCUCCUCUUGUCAAGGCUUCUCUUAAUAACCGGAUGCUGUGUGUAUUAUAAUGGAUUGAUGAUAAUGUCCUGAAAGACUUUAAACAAGAAAAAGCAGAGGAUGUCUGUUUACAAUGAAAUGGGGAAGCCGCACAGUUGUAUUUUGGUUUUUCCCUGUAGCAACAGAAGCCACUGAGCCCCACUUGGGGCUUCCCAAGGUCACAGCUUGGAUUGCAGCCGACUGUUAUCUGUAUAAAAGAAAUGCAAUUGAAUAAUCAUCAUAAUCUUCUCUCCGUUUUUCUGCUGCUCAGCUGCAAGCCAGUCCCCUUUCUCUGUCUCUCUGUCCCUGUCUUUGCGACAGAGCUGAGCUUACAGCUAGACUUAGAGCUUCAUAGCUCAUUGUGUUGUUUUUGAACCAGUCGAGUCUGAUCAUUCUCUCCUUUGUAAUUUGCCUUCCAAUUUUCCCUUCCCAGUAGGAGUGCCUUACAGGACUGUAUAUUAGUGUCUAUCUUCCUGUUUUGGAUUUCCUGAUUGAAUCUGCUGUUCGAUUAACUUGUAGGCUUAAACCGAAACUCUCCCAUGGCUGCGCAUGCUCUUUUGCCGGGGCAGCUGAGUAAAUCAGUUUGCUUGUUCUGCCCUCAUGAAGUGAGCUCUACAGGCUGCGUAUACCAGCUCUAAAGACACCAAGUUGCAUGGAAACCCCUCACUUUUGCUCAAUUUGGUGCCUUAAAUUUUCAAAAGUGAAGAAUUUUGUCAGGAAUGCUCUGCCAUGAUGCCUGUUUGGCAUUGGAGCUCAAAACCCUUGCUCAUGGCAGUUUCCAUCUUGCUAGGAGUGGUGACCAUAAAAUUUGUUUACUAUCUAUGCUUUGAGAGGGAAAUAUGAGAAAGGAUAGCAUGAAGAUGGUGUUGGUUUUUAUUACCUGUAUUUUGGAGACUAGCUGGGCUUCUCUUCAGCCAGAAAUGCGGCUGUGCUUACAUGAGACCUUCAGGAGCUGUGCAUAUAUAGUAACGGCAAGCACUGGGCAUUAAAAUGGGAUCAGGUCACAUGCAAUUUUGCUCCUCCUGGACCCACUGGCUACGUGGCAAGGGACUCCCUUAUGGUGCUCCCUACCUGCAUGGCACAGCUGGGUUCAGUGCUGUGGGAGAGAAAGCAUGUCCUCAAAGUUUAAUUUUAAUGCAGCCUGGUUCCCUGAAGGCUAACCCAGUGAGGGUUUGGUCAGCAUUACCUUAGAGAGAGGUUUAACCUGCUUAAAUUUUAGCAUUAUUUGCUAAAGUAUGUGGCUAACUCUUCCAGCACGUGUCAGCCCUGGGCACAUGUCCAUGCUGACUGUAAUCUUUUAAGUCCACAUUUGACAACAGCACUGCUGUCGCUGCAUUUUAGCAGUGUGGUGAGGAGACAGCCCAGUGAUAAUGUGCAGGGUCCUUCUUUACUUGAAAACUCUGGUGUGCACACACUGGUUUGGGUCAUAUCUUAAAAUGCCAAUUUCGUCCCAGUUCCUUAGGGUGGCCAUUAAUCCAAAUUGCAAAUUUGCCACUUAUGGGCAGCAUCAGAGAAAUCCAGGCCUGGACAGCUAUCAGCUUUCUAGGACCAAAGUGUAUUAGGCCUUGUCUACGUGCACAAGUGUCAGUGGCUCAAUUAUUUAUUUAUUUGUGUCUAAUCCACACGUUAAAGCAAUGUAAAUCCUUGAAUACACAGUACUGUUUUGGUGGAAAAAGGAUUUAUUUUGGUUUUGCUUAUGCACUUGUCUACAACAUCAGUCUUGCUUAAACUAAAGCAACUAAAACUAAACUAAAUCAGACUGACUUUUAAUGGCAUUGAUACCUGUGAUAUCAGAUUAGCUUAUACUAGUCCCUUCUGUACUUCAGCUGAACAAAAGUAAGAAUUCAUGAGAAAAAUGUGUGUUUGAAGGGUUUUAAGUGUUAAAGGCAGCUUCCAAAUCAACUUUAGUUCAGUCCAGGCAGUUAGAGGCUGGGGGAAGCUGGGUGUGAGCAGCAGAGUGCAGAGGCUGGUUCUGUCCUUGGCAGCCUGGGCUUUCUUUCCCACUGGAGCACCAGCUCACCUGCAGCACGUGCAAUGGAUUUUAGCAUCACUGGCAGCACACCCUGAGUUUUUGGAAAACCAUUACAUGUGUGUGCUACUCUGUUAACUUAUUGGCAACUUCAUUAUGUGUGUUUCAUUGUUCUUGUGUUUGUAUUGUUGGGGUUUUUUACUUUUGACAAGGAUUUUUUUAAAUUAUCUGCAACUACUAGGCAAUAGUCUUAAUUUAUUUCUGAUGUGUAAUAAUGUUAUAAUUUAAAUUCAGUGACUUGAAUUGCUUGUUGACACUUGAGCAGGGUCUGUUUGGGUUCACUUACGACAGCAUCGGAGCACCAGUCCCUCAUGUAUAAAGGCAACUCUCAAUAAACAGUAUAAAAAA